AUGACUUCUAGCUAUGCACAUGUAAUGGACAGGCAAGCCUCGCUAUCAAACCGCCUGGAGAGUCCGAUCACGUCGAACCUGGACAACCUGCAAGCCAAAAAGAACUUCUCGGUCAGCCACCUGUUGGAUCUGGAAGAGGCCGGGGAAAUGGUCGGCACCCAGGCGGACGAGAGCGUCGGGGAGGCGGGGAGGAGUAUGCUGGAGUCCCCGGGGCUGACGAGCGGGAGCGACACGACCCAGCAGGAGAAUGAACAGAUGAACACGGAGGAGAAGAAGAAGAGGAAGCAGCGCAGGAACAGGACCACCUUCAACAGCAGCCAGCUCCAGGCUCUGGAGAGAGUGUUUGAAAGGACACACUACCCCGACGCCUUCGUCAGAGAGGACCUGGCCCGCCGGGUCAACCUCACCGAGGCCAGAGUCCAGGUUUGGUUUCAGAACAGGAGAGCUAAAUUCCGCAGGAACGAGCGCGCCAUGCUGGCCAGCAAAAACGCCUCGCUCCUCAAAUCGUACUCAGGCGACGUGACGGCGGUAGAGCAGCCCAUCGUACCGCGCCCGGCGCCCCGCCCAAACGACUACCUGUCCUGGGGCAGUGCCGCCCCCUACAGUCCCAUCGCUCCCCUCUGUCAGCAUGAGCAGGGCGGGACCAGAUCCUGUGACCCUCCUGACGAGCGCCAUGGCCACCUACCCGCCCACCUGCUCCAACACCAACACGUCCCAGGGCAUGAACAUGGCCAACAGCAUCGCCAACCUGCGGCUCAAAGCCAAGGAGUACAGCUUGAACCAGGUGCCCACGGUGAACUGAGAGGAGGAGCGGCUUGGGACUGGCGCAGGAGGGGAGGGGAACCUCCCUGCCGCUGGACCCCCGCGGACGGACACCGUCUCUGGGUUGAGCAUCAUCUUACAUACCCUGGAUCAUGA